CACAAUAUCCUCAGAAUUCUCGAAUGUCAUACCUUUGACCCAAAUAUCAUUUUAGAAAUAAAAUUUUAUGAGCUCCAACUUCCCACCAACAUAUAUAACACGCAACCAUCCGCUGUCAACCUUCAUCCCGCCAACGCUACCGCCGCCGCCACUUCCCCUAUUAUGACGCUCACGGCCCCUAAACCACUUCUCUUAACAGCGGCGGUUGUACUAGCCUACGCCGUAUGUGCACUGUCCCUCAAGGUCUGCCCCAACUGUGGCUCCACCCCAGUCCCCUACCCUCUCAGCACCGCUCCAGACUGCGGCGACCAGUUGUAUAAAAUCCGAUGCAACGCCGGCUCCCUUUUCUUCGACUCCGUCAACAACACUUACCCAAUCACCUCCAUCUCCCCAUCCAUCCAACGACUCACCAUUUCGCCCGCGCCUUUCCUUGGCAACACCUGCAUCGCAUCCGAUCUCCCUUCCAACGGCCUCCAGCUCAACUCCUCUGCCCCCUUCAACAUAACCGGCAGUAACACCAUCUUCUACCUUAAUUGCUCCGCCAACAUAAUGAACUCCCCUUUAAACUGCACCUCCAACAGCCUCUGCCACGUGUACAUCAACGGCACGGCCGGGAGUGGCUGUGUCGACGCCCCGCUGUGUUGUGCGUUCAGGGCAGGAGGAUCCACAACGGCGUACAGGAUAAGAGUCAGGGAUUCGGGUUGCAAGGCGUACAGGAGCUUCGUGAAUCUGGAUUACGGAUUGCCGGUGAGCAGGUGGCCGCCGCCUGGAGUGGAAUUGCUGUGGGUUUUGCCCAUAGAGCCCACCUGUAGGACACAAGGGGAUUGCGAUUCGAAAUCCACUUGUGGACCCGACCCGAACUCGGCUGGUGGGGUCAGCAGAUGCUUUUGUAACUCCGGGUUGCAAUGGGACCCGGUUGCCGGACUGUGUGCGACAGAGUGCAAGGAUCCAGAUGGUUGUGGUAAAGAUCGAACUGGGCUUAUAGCAGGUCUAAUUGUAGGCAUUGGUGUAGCAUUAUUAGCGGUAUUAAUUGCAUUUUUAUUCUACAAGCGGCAUCAGCUCAUCAAGAGAGAGCAAGACCGACUUACUCGAGAACGUGAAGAGAUCCUUAAUUACGGUGGUGGAAAAUCUGCUAAAGUUUUCACUGGCAAACAAAUUAAGAAAGCAACAAAUUACUUCUCCAAAGACAACCUCCUUGGAGCUGGUGGUUAUGGUGAAGUCUAUAAAGGCAUUCUUGAAGAUGGAACUGUUGUUGCAGUCAAAUGUGCCAAAUUGGGUAACACCAAAGGAACUGACCAAGUCCUAAACGAGGUUCGAAUACUUUGUCAAGUUAACCACAAGUGCCUCGUCGGCCUUCUUGGCUGUUGCGUUGAGCUUGAACAGCCCUUACUGGUAUACGAAUACGUCUCAAAUGGAACUCUCUUAGAUAAUUUACAAGGUGGAACUCGGGGACUUCUCUCUUGGAAUCACCGACUCAGCAUUGCCCAUGCAACCGCUGAGGGGCUUGCUUACCUUCAUUUCUCUGCAGUUCCUCCCAUCUAUCACCGGGAUGUGAAGUCGAGCAACAUUUUGCUUGACGAGAAGCUGAAAGCAAAGGUUUCAGAUUUCGGGUUAUCUCGAUUAGCUCAUACAGACCUCAGUCAUGUAUCCACUUGUGCUCAAGGUACGCUAGGAUACCUCGAUCCUGAGUAUUACAGAAACUACCAGUUGACAGACAAGAGUGAUGUAUAUAGCUUCGGGGUUGUGUUGUUGGAGCUAUUGACAUCCCAGAAAGCGAUUGAUUUCAAUAGACCUCAGGAUGAUGUGAACUUGGCGGUUUAUGUGCAGCGAUUGGUUGAGGAGGAGAGGAUAAUGGACGCAGUUGAUCCAAUGUUGAAGGAGGGAUCAAGCACGUUGGAGUUGGAGACUAUGAAAGCGUUGGGAUUUCUUGCUGUCGGAUGCUUGGAGGAACGCAGACAAAAUAGGCCUUCGAUGAAAGAAGUUGCUGAGGAGAUCGAGUAUAUUAUCAGUAUAGCUACUGCCAAGACUACAGAUUAGUUCAAAUGUAGAACAGUGGCUAGAAUUAGAGCAGUAGCUUUGUAUCUGACUAAAUUUUGUGUGUUUGAGGGCUUUUGCGUUGUAUGUGCUUUCAUUUGUCUUUCCGCUUUAUUUUCAUUUUUUUCCUUGGACACGAUGUAUAUACAGAUCCUUUUGUAUAUGAACUCAAAAAGAUUAAAAGGGAAAAAAAAUCUUAAUGUUUUCGAUA